AUUCCAACAAGUUCCACUCAUUUCAUUUCAUUCCAAGGGUAAAUUAGUCUCCUCACUUUUACGUCUCUCUUCCCAAAAAGGAGGCUUUUUGACCGGUCGACCAUUCCCUUAGCCGGACUCUGAAAAAUCGAACUGCCCUACCAACCCUCCGGCCACGAGAUCCUCACCCAGCCGCACGCAGCCGUCCCGGUUCCUCGUUUCGCGAGAGAGCAGAAUGCACAAGGCGCCGUCGUCUUCCUCCCUCGGCCCCGGCGGCCUGGACCUGAGCCGGGCCUUCUUCACGCCGAUCCAGGAGACGGCGCCGCCGUCGUCCACCAAGCGCCACACCAAGAUCGCCGUCGUCGGGGUCGGCAACGUCGGCAUGGCCAUCGCCCAGACCAUCCUCACCCAGGACGUCGCCGACGAGCUCGCCCUCAUCGACGCCAAGCCCGACAAGCUCCGCGGCGAGAUGCUCGACCUCCAGCACGCCGCCGCCUUCCUCCCCCGCACCCGGAUCUCGGCCUCCGUCGACUACGCCGUCGCCGCCGGGUCCGACCUCUGCAUCGUCACCGCCGGCGCGCGGCAGAUCCCCGGGGAGUCCCGCCUGAACCUGCUCCAGCGGAACGUCGCGCUGUUCCGGGCCAUCGUGCCGGCGCUCGCGCGGCACGCGCCGGAGUCGAUCCUGCUGAUCGUGUCGAACCCGGUGGACGUGCUGACGUACGUGGCGUGGAAGCUGUCCGGGUUCCCGUCGAACCGGGUCGUCGGGUCGGGCACGAAUCUGGACUCCUCCCGGUUCCGGUUCCUGAUUGCCGAUCACCUCGACGUCAACGCGCAGGACGUGCAGGCCUACAUCGUGGGCGAGCACGGCGACAGCUCGGUCGCCCUGUGGUCGAGCAUCAGCGUCGGCGGGGUCCCGGUCCUGAGCUUCCUGGAGAAGCAGCAGAUCCCGUACGAGAAGGAGACCCUGGAGAAGAUCCACAAGGAGGUCGUGGACUGCGCCUACGAGGUCAUCAGCCUCAAGGGCUACACCUCCUGGGCGAUCGGGUACUCGGUCGCGAACCUGGCCCGGACCCUGCUCCGGGACCAGAGGAGGAUCCAUCCGGUCUCGGUGCUGGCCAGGGGGUUCUUCGGCAUUGAGGGCGGUGACGUGUUCCUGAGCCUGCCGGCCCAGCUUGGCCGGGGCGGCGUCCUAGGCGUGACCAACGUGCACAUGACCGAGGAGGAGGCGGCACGGCUGAGGAAGUCGGCGAGGACCAUCCUGGAGCUGCUGAGCCAGUUGGAUUUGGGCAUUUGAGGAAGAGAAUAAGAGAAGUCCUUCACUUUAGUAUUUUGCUAACCCAACACUAUUAAGACUGGUUUUGGUUUUUGGCACCUUGUUUCUCUACAUUGGGAAGUUUGUAAACCCCGGAUUGUGUUUCUUUCUGAGAUUCAGUCCCUAUAUUUUGGAUUAUUGCAGAAGAAACCCUAAUGAUUUUCCUAUGUAGCAAUUAAGCCACUCCCCAGCAUUACUACCAAUGAAAAGAAUGUGAAAGACCUUUGAUCUUCUGCUAAA